AUGGAGCAUCCGGGCGCGGAAAAGCUUUCGGCCUAUGUGACGCCAGAGAUGGAGACGAGCGAGGAGACCGCGAAGGCGAAGUCAAGAUUGGUAGUGAGCUGGCCUUCCCGCCGGCGACAUUGUACGCCACCAGGGAAGGUGUCGUCGAGCCAGGAGGAGAAGAUGAGGCCGAGAGCGAGCUCACCUUGUCGCCGUCUAAUGGCUUGCGCGCGGCCGACGGAGGAGGAACGAAAACUGAAGCCAGCGAAGGAGACCGAGGCGACAAGGCUGACUGUCAGACUGGAAGCAAGAGGGACGACGCGACGACGGGGGAGCAGCUCAUCACCGCGGGGAAAGAAGGAGGGCGAUGAUGACGGGUACUCGCCGAGGAAGAAGAAGAAGAAGUGGAAGCCGGAGCCCAGAGCCGGAAUCAACAACGAACGCGACGUGGAGGUGCCGAAGCUCCGAAUGGCGCGCGGUACACGGCAAUUGGCGACGGGUUCGGUCGCGCCAUCGAGCCGAGAUGAGUCAAAUUCGGGGGCGGAUCUAGUGGAAGACGCGACGAACGGCAAGGUGAUGAGGCCGGAAUUGAGCUGGGAUUGUCACCACCUAGAGAGUUAUUCACGGCCAAAGAAAGAGGAGACGGCGGAUCAGGAGAAAGAGGCGAAGCAGAUUUGGUCGGGUCCAUCGCCUAGGAAAGAAGCCUCGCUGGAUUCGGUAGUCGAGAAGGAGUCGCCGUCGGGACCGCAGCGGAGGUGGACUGGCUUUUCCGCCGCCAGAGGAGCCCAUCAUCGCCGAGGAAGGGGUGGACGACGAGCGAGCAGAGGAAGGAGGGCGGGGGCAUCGGGUCCUUCCGCACGAACCCUAGGGCAGCUUCCUGGACCCUAG